CACCAGGUGGGGACGGUAAGGGGCCGCAAGGCCGGCGCCCGUGGGGGGCGAGGGAAGCCCGGCCCCGCCCCGGGGGUAUUUAAGGCCGCUGCCCGGGGGUUGUCCCGGGUCCGGUGUGAUGGCCGAGGAGGCGAUGGCGAGCUAUCUCUACUCCACCUACCACCCCUACUCCUACCGCUACCCACCGCCCAAGGGCAAAGGCGGGGCGGCGGGCGGCUGGCGGCCGCGGGGCGGCAGCUACUUCUCGGGCUACGGGGAGGCGGCCGCCGAGUACUUCGACAACUACCAGCGGGCGCAGCUGAAGGCCAUCCUCUCCCAGGUCAACCCCAACCUGACGCCGCGGCUCCGCAAGGCCAACACCAAGGAGGUGGGCGUCCAGGUGAACCCACGGCAGGACGCCUCGGUGCAGUGCUCGCUCGGGCCCCGCACGCUGCUGCGCCGCCGCCCCGGCCCCGCCGCGCCGCGGCCCCGUGAGGCGGAGCGAGAGCAGGAGCUGGGCAGCCCCGCCACCACCAACACCCGCGCCGUGCGCUUCCCCCGCACCAUCGCCGUCUACUCGCCCGUGGCGUCCCGCAGACUCACCGCCUUCCUGGAGGAGCCGAGCCCGGAGCCGGAGUGGCGGCCGCAGCAGCAGGACAAGGCGGCGGCCGUCGAGGAGGAGCCGGCCGCGCUGCGGGAGCAGCGGGCGGCGGAGGCGGCUGCCGUGCGGGCGAGCUGGGAGCAGCCUCCCGAGGUUGGCGCCGAGCCGCUGGGGCAGCGCUCGGCUGAGCCGCUCGGACAGCGCUCGGCCGCCCCCCCGGAGCCGGCGACGGAGGCAAGCCAGGAGGAGCCGGCAGAGCCGUCAGCCCAGGCAGAGCCAUCCGCCCCGGCAGAGGCGGCAGAGCCGUCAGCCCAGCCGGCAGAGCCGCCGGCCUCACCCCAGAAGCAGCAGCAGUCGUCGGCGGGCAAGACCCGCCUGCGCUUCCAGUUCCUGGAGCAGAAGUACGGGUACUACCACUGCAAGGCCUGCAACAUCCGCUGGGAGAGCGCCUACGUCUGGUGCGUCCAGGGCACCAACAAGGUCUACUUCCGUCAGUUCUGCCGGACCUGCCAGAAGUCCUACAACCCGUACCGCGUGGAGGACAUCACCUGCCAGAGCUGCAAGCAGACGCGGUGCACCUGCCCCGUGAAGAUGCGCCACGUGGAUCCCAAGAGGCCCCACCGCCAGGACCUCUGUGGGAGAUGCAAAGGGAAACGCCUCUCCUGCGAUAGCACGUUCAGUUUCAAAUACAUCAUCUGAGGGGAUGGGGUUCUUUGUCUUUGUUUAGGGCUCUUCAAGAAAACUGCAAAUAGAGCAGAGUUUGGUUUUUUUUUUUUUUUUUUUUGGUUGGUAUUGUUGAAGGUACUUGGUGAGAUGUAGCUAGGAAAGCAUGAAAAUAAAAAUAUUGCAAAGCAUACUCAAAUGAUCAGGUGGGUUUGUGCCCAGCUCAGAGGGUGCGUAUUGUAAAUUCUGUAGCUUGUAUAGGCAACAAGCCCAGAGGUGUAUGGUAGAUCAGUGAUGGUCUUGGAAGGAACUGACUCAGGACUUAGUUGACUCUCAGGUGGAAAGGGUUUCUGUUAGUGCUUCUGCUCUUGAACUAAUCAAAUGCUUGAAGUUAACAUCAAAUUGACAUCUGCAGUAGGUAGUAGACUGUCCUUCAUGAUGAACAAAACACCAGUAGUAUUCACUUAUUUUGCACACCUCUAUUCAAUGUACCAAGUAUCCUGCACCUGUUCUUCAUCACUAGAAAAUGAUUGAGAAAUGCCGUGUAAGUACUGAAUCACUUCUACUGGUACAGCUGGCCUGCAUUUAGCUAAGUUGGUGCUUUUGUCUGUAGGUAAAAGCCCAAGAAAGCCUUUUCAGGGAUGGUUCUUAUAAAAUGCUGAGGGACGGAGUCACUGAUGUUAUGGUGAGGUCUCUUGGUUAAAUGUAUUGCUCAUCUUACCUGCACAAGGUUGUGGAGAGCAGUGACACUUCCAAGGAGCAAGGUACAGUAACACUCCAUCUGCUUGGCUUCCUUUUUAACCUGCAGGUGAAGUGCAAGACCUGUACACAGGGUGGAAUAUACUUGAAGAGUUUGAUCUAAUUACAGUUUAGAUGCCUGCCAUCAGAAGGAUUGACACUCCCACAACUCCUCUGGGGUUGGGUUUGGUAGUAAUGGCAGAGCCAGCACUGGUUACUCGCAGAUAGUGCUCUCUGUGGGCUCUUGGUGCUCUCUGUAGGAACACCAUGCUUCAGCCAAGUGUUCCAAGCUGCCUCUGACUAACUUGCAGCAUCACUAUCUGAGCAGGUUCACAAGCUAGUAAAACCUAUACCACUGCCCCAGUCUACCUUUAAGCUAUGAAGCUGGAAAAACUGGGAUGAAAGCCUACUUUUGUGAAUGCUACUGGCACUGUUAAUUCUUAAAUUGCAAAAGGCUUUGUGACUCAUGCUCAGAACUCUUGAGGUAACUUCUCUUUCAAAAGAGUGAUUUUUAUAUUUGCUAUAACAAAUUUAACUACACCUAUACCCAGCUUGAGAGACCAUUCUAUUAAAUGCUGAAGAGAGAAUCAGUCUGAGCCCAUGCUGUAGAACAGCUUCAGUGCCAGUUUCUGUAAGUGGCAGCUAGUGGGUGGCAGGGUAGUCAAGCAAUAUCCUUCGUAUCAACAUUUCUUGUUUGAGGGACAGUGAGUGUUAUUUCUAUAUGCUUAACUCAUCUUGCUGUAAAUUCCUGCCUUAUUUCAAUAUGCCCCUUGAACCUGCUGCAGUAGGCUUAAUGCCUCAGUGUCAAUUUAUUGCAAAGUAAUUUUAUUUAUUCUUGCUGCGUUCAUUGUUAGAGCAGUGAGAGGCAUUCUGGGAAGAAGGAGACCUGCUCCCUCCAGAGCAGAGCACGGUUCUAUUUCAUGCUUCCACCUGAAGUGUUUUUCCAUGUUAUCAGUAAAAGGAAAUAACUCUUGCUUUACUGGCUCACUCAGAUUUUCACAGAAAAUUUCAUCCUUGUUCAAUUUGAAAAGCUGCCCUGCAGCUGGGCAGUGCUCUGUUGUAGAGGCACAUGCCUUGUACUCACCUGUAGUUAAGCCACUGUGAUGAGCAGUGGCAAUCCACUGAGGAAUGCACCUGGGGCCCUCUCUGCAGCCACCUGGCCCCUGCCUCAGUUUGCAGUUGCAGCUGUGAUCUGGGAUGUCUUUAUUUCUGAACAUAUUCCCCUCCAAGGAUGUUCUUCAGUGUUUUCCUGUUUGCCUUCCCCAUUCUCAUGGCUGUAGUCUGUUCCUGAUGCAUGCAUUGAGACACUGACUGUGAUGAGUCUGUGCACCUCGGUAAUGAGUCAGAGAACUGGAGCUCUGUGCCAUGUCAGUACGAAGUCAUGGCAAUGCCAGCAGCUGAAUGCUUCCAAUUUAUACAAGCAUCCUACAAAACAUGGCUUUGAGGAUUACUUGCUGUGAAUAUGGUGACUCUUACGUGAUUAUCGGUAGUAGCCCACAGUGAAAUCUAGCCAUCCCCACCAACUACAAAAAAGCAGUCAAAGCAGCACUUGGUUCUGCAUGAUAAGAUGUAGAACAGGCUUAGCUGAUGUGAACGGAGUGCUGUGCUUCACCAGCAGCGAUGAAGGCUCUCCAUGGUGGGUAAGGAGGCCACCCCUGCUCCCAUCAGCUACUGCAAGGCUCUGUGGCUUGGAGGAGUACAGUGCAGUGGGCAGCCAUAUUAAACAAGCUUUCCUUAAUCCUGUAGUAUUCUUCAGUUCCAGAGUAGCUCUACAUGUCAUCCCUCUUACAUAAAUAUGUUCAAUGCUUUUACUCCUCAAUGCUCAAGUACAAUUCUGUACUCUUUAGCUGUUUUUGAGCUUUAGUGCCAUGUCAUGCCCAUGACAGCACACACUGAUUGUGGGCACUGGUUCCUAGACUCAGCAGGAAGGAAAGCGACUCCUGACCUAUUGUAAUUGUGCAAAUGGAAGGGUGCCAGUUAUUCAAAGCUAUCCUGAACUUGUUCUGUACAGCUUUGUCACAGAGAUUCUUUUGCACAUGUUAGCUCAGUCAGUGCUGUAUUUGCUGCAUCUUACAGGAGCUGUCUCACGUUUUGCUUGUUUCUACACAGCUUUACCAUAGCUUUGGAUUUGGCACAGGCCUGGCAUCAUGUAAUGCAGGGUGACAGCUCAUGCAGUAGUUGAGUAAUUUUUGAAAAGCUUAAUGAAAUUAAAGCAGUAUCAAAAGACAGUCAUCUAAGAUGAUUCUGCUCAUUAGGGCAGGUUCUACUAGCCAUUACAAAUGGAGGAAGUUGUGUAACAUAAGGAAUUACAUAUAUGAAUUCAGCUUUGAGUUUCAUGAGAAAUCC